AUGAAGCUGGGAAACAGUAGGGUGAUUGCUAAGACCAAGAGCAUUGAGAAGAAAAAGAGCCAGACCACAGAGCCAUCACAAGUGACCACAAAGGCUUCAAGAACAUGCAGCGAAAGACUACCACAGCAGAACACAACACUGAGGGCUGUCACCUCUCAGUCACCUAUGGUCACAGACUCAGAGUGGUUUGAUUUGAGUGCAGAGGAACAAUUGGCCUGGGCUAAGAGUACUCAAGACCCUCGAAUUGCAGUAGGUCCCUAUUCCCCACUAGAAAAGAAAAUUAAGUGUUUAGGUGGCACCCAUUCUUCACGAGUGAGAAAACUGUUAGUCCAGGAGUUCCAACAGGAGAGUGAAACAGUUGAUAAACUUAAGACCAUGUCUUUUGACUUCCGGUUUGCUAAAGCAGAUUCCUACUACUAUCAACAGCAACAAGAAAUGAUCAGAGGAGCAUGGAAUUGUAAACCAGAUGCAGAAUGGGACGCUAGCCCGGAGGAAGAGCAGAAGCCAAAAAGCAAAAAAAAAGAGAAUGAUAAAAAAUGGGACUAUCUAGUACCUGAGAGGGAAAUGAAUCACAUAGAGAAACACAUUCACAGAGCUGAGCGGGCUCGGGGCCUCAGGGACCACAAAUACCGACUUAUCUCUCAGAACGUUUCAAGUGAAACGCUUUCCCCAAAACCAUUAGUACCAGAGGAUGAAAAGAGUAAAAAUAUCCCGAGACCACAGAAACCACAUAAAACUGUACUACCCAGAAAGCCUAAAAUGGCCUGGGCAAAGGAGCAGAUGAAGCAACAUAAAGACCGGAUGAUGAGAGGAAGAGCGCUCAGCGACCAGAGAAAGGACCAACAACGGGAGGCCCCGCCGAAGCUCUCUGGCCACGCCCGCCCUCACCUGAAACCAAAAGCCAAGAAAGAGGAAGAGAAAGAGUUUGAAAAGGUCAAGGCGUAUCCCAUCUUCCAGCCUUCCAAUGAAAAACUUAUAGAAGUGACUGUUCUGAUGGAAAAGUCGAAAGCGGAAAACGUGCAAAAGCCACCCCGACGGGAUCGCCAAAGGGAACUCCUGAGUAUGCCACCGUUUUUGAAAAGUCAACUAGAAAAAAAUAAAAAACUUAAGCUAUUUCCUUGA